GUUAAAAGUAGAGUCCACUAGUCAAAGAAAGUAAAUAAUCCACACGGUAUUUAUUGUAGACGUGAGCACAGAGAAUAAUUCGUAUUCUUCGUCUUUCGUCCACCACCAUCUCUAUUUUCUUCCUUUCCCCUAAGUCUUGGUUCUUCUUCUCUCUAAUACGAGAAGAAAAAGGCGAAAACCUCGCCAAUCCGAUUACGCGAAAAAUCAAAGGUUUUUGGAUAUGGCGUCGAAGCGGAUCUUGAAGGAAUUGAAGGAUCUCCAGAAGGAUCCACCUACAUCAUGUAGCGCAGGUCCUGUUGCUGAAGACAUGUUUCACUGGCAGGCAACGAUAAUGGGUCCUUCAGAGAGUCCUUAUGCUGGAGGUGUUUUCCUUGUAACCAUCCAUUUCCCUCCGGAUUACCCAUUCAAGCCUCCUAAGGUGGCCUUUAGGACCAAGGUGUUCCAUCCCAACAUUAACAGCAACGGUAGCAUUUGCCUCGACAUCUUGAAGGAGCAGUGGAGUCCUGCGCUCACCAUUUCCAAGGUGCUGCUAUCGAUCUGUUCUUUGUUAACCGAUCCAAACCCGGAUGAUCCUUUGGUGCCCGAGAUAGCUCACAUGUACAAGACUGACAAGAACAAGUACGAGUCCACUGCACGAAGCUGGACUCAGAAGUAUGCCAUGGGCUAAAUGGAAAAUCCCACCUACUAAAUUAUCUCUUUAUGAAGAAAAAAAUCUGCCUUAAUUUCUAUGUAUGAUUCGAUAGACAUCUCUUUGUGUCCUUUUAACUUUCUGAAGACAGGACCAAAUGAAGUGGGUCUUGUUUUAAACGAAACAAAAAAAAACAUCAUCUUUGUGAAAACUAGAAUCUGAUCAUCUUCUGUUGUUUCUUCUUGUGGUGAAAUUAUGAUUUGAUGUUUUCGUUGUGUGAUGAGUUGCUACGAGUUGUUCAAAUUUAUCAAACUAGUCUUCAAACUUAUCCAACUGGUCUUCAAACUUAUCCAACUGGUCUUCAAAUUUACUCUGAGUUAAUCGUUGUGGCCA